AUGCAUCGACAUGAGGAGGGCAAACGAGGCGAAGAUCACCCACUCCCGACAAUGAAUGAACUCUUGCCUAAAUUCAAGAAAGCUAAAUAUUUUUCCCGACUCGAUAUAAAUAAUGCUUUCUACCAAUUGGAGAUAGAUAAAGACAGUAGGUACAUCACAACCUUUAGUACAAGUAGAGGUUUGUUCCGAUAUAAGAGACUAAUGUUUGGGGUGUCGUGUGCACCUGAAAUGUUUCAAAAAGUCCUAGAAAAGUUGUUACUAGGUUGUGAGGGUACUGCAAAUUUUAUAGACGAUAUUAUUAUCCAUGGAUCUGACGAGCUUGAGCACGACAGAAGACUCGACAAAGUACUACGGGUGUGGAAGGAAAACAAUGUUCUUCUCAAUCAGGCUAAAUGCAACUACAAGACAAACAGGAUUGAAUUUUUAGGACAUCAAUUAACGGGAAAAGGAGUAAAGCCUCUAGACAAAUACAUGAAAGCAAUCCAGUCUUCAAAAAAAAGCCUUCAGAUAUCGAAGAAAUGCAGUUUUCUUGGGCUAGUCAAUUAUGUCGGAAAGUGGAUACCCAAUUUGGCAUCACUUACAGAACCCCUUCGGAAGCUGAUACGCCUUAAAUUGGGCAAACAAAAUAUCGCUGACCCUAUCUCCCGUCUUUGUGAAUCCAUUCAUCCAGUACCAUUCGAUAAUGAAAACUAUAUAAAUGCAGUGGUAGAAUACAGUAGGCCAAUAGCAGUACCACUAAAUGAAAUUGAUAUAGCUAGUGCAUCAGACAAGGGAAUUGCAGCAUUAAAAAAUGGAGUUUUCGACAACAAGUGGGAUGAAUGUGUAAAUGCUUAUAAGGCUUUCCAGUCGGAGAUUUGUUUCCAUGGAAACAUAGCCCUAAGAGGAAGCAAAAUUAUUAUCCCUAAACAGCUACGUGAAAGAGUACUCGAGGCUGCCCAUCAAAGCCACAUUUAA